AUAGAGAGAGAGACACAAAAAAUCAAAACAAUGGAGGACGAUAACCCACGCCCCACAAAACCAAGGGUGGUCUGUUGUAUAGGUGACAUCCAUGGCCACAUAACAAAACUCCAAAAUUUAUGGUUAAAUCUUGAAUCUUGUAUCGACCCAUCUGAUUUUGAGACUGCCCUUAUCAUUUUCUUGGGUGAUUACUGUGAUAGAGGUCCAGAUACUAGUAAAGUUAUAGACUUUUUCAUUUCUUUGCCCUCAAAAUACCCAAAACAAUCCCAUGUUUUUCUUUGUGGGAAUCAUGAUUUUGCAUUUGGGGCAUUCUUGGGUGUACUUCCAAGUCCACCUGAUGGGUCUGAAUUUUGUGAGACAUGGAAAGAGUAUGAGAUGAGUGAGGAAAGAGAAGGGUGGUAUAAAGGUGAAGGCUUUGAGAAUAUGCAUUUGCAAGCGAGGAGAUGGGCUGGGAAUCAUACUGUUAAGUUUAAUGCUGUGAAGGGUAUUGAUUAUAAAGGAUCUAUUUAUGAUGCUGCUCCUACUUUUGAGUCUUAUGGUGUUCCACAUGGCUCUGCUGAUCUUAUGAAGGUAGUUCCUGAUGAGCACAAGAAAUUCCUUGCCAAUUUGGUUUGGAUCCAUGAAGAGGACGAUGUUACCAUAAAAACUGAGGAAGGAAUUAAAAGGUGCAAACUAAUCGCUGUUCAUGCUGGCCUGGAGAAAAACAAACCUGUUGAACAGCAGAUUAAAACCCUGAAAGCAAAGGACACAAGGAUUCCUAAAGUUUCUGCCCUUAGUGGAAGGAAGGACGUAUGGGAAAUCCCUCAGGAACUGACUAAAACUCCAACGAUUAUCGUAAGUGGCCACCAUGCAAAAUUACAUAUUGAAGGCCUAAGACUUGUAAUAGAUCAAGGUGGUGGAUUUGAAGAUAGGCCAGUGGCUGCAAUAGUGCUUCCUUCAAUGGCAAUUGUAAGGGAUACUGAUCAUUUGGUGAAGUAGAUUAUGUUUUUUGUGUCAAGUUAUUGACCCUUUCUGUUUAAAUUAGAAAUAAUCAAAUUAAAUUGGAAAAUUAAAAAAAAGAAGCAGCUAAAAUAAAGGUAACUUUAGGAUCAGCUACCAAAGUCUCUAGCACCAUAUUCAGUUAUAUUUGCUGUGUGAUUAAUCUUUAUUGAUGAUGAGUUUAUGAGUAAUCUCUACCUCUUUCAUUCUUCUUUGGCUGGACUUUUGUUGAAUGUAGGUCAGAGAUUCAAUAGAGUAUCAUAUUAUGUUGUA